CUGUCAGUCGUCAGUCGGACUGGGACGGUAUCGUGGCGUGUCAUCGAGGUCGGCUGACCGCCACCACCUGGAACUACCAGCGCUGCACCAUGGGAGCUCACCAGCUGAAGCCCCCGGGGUCCAGGAGGGACGCCGUCGCCACGGCCGUCGACAUCACUUCCUGUGGAAACUUCGCCGUAAUCGGCUCGUCUUGCGGCCGUGUUGACGUCUACAACCUGCAGUCUGGGCUGCACCGUGGUUGCUUUGGUGACCAAGAGACAGCUCACAGUGGCGUGGUGCGAGGUGUUGCCACGGACAUGCUGAACCAGCUGACUCUCUCCUGCGGCUCUGAUUGGCUGCUGAAGUUCUGGCGCUUCAAGACAAGGAAACAGGAAGAGGAAGUGAAGCUGCCGGCGGCAGCGGCCAGUCUGAGGCUGCACAGAGACAGUGGGAUGGUUGCCGUGGCGCUGGACGACUUCACUCUGCUUGUUGUCGACAUGGAAACCAGACGAGUUGUCAGGAAGUUCGCAGGUCACCAUGGCAACAUCACAGACAUGACCUUCAGUCCUGAUGGACGCUGGCUGGUUACCGUGGCGAUGGACUGCACCAUCCGUACCUGGGACCUGCCCUCUGGAUGUUUGGUGGACUGCUUCCUGGUUGCCACGGCACCAGUGGGCGUGUCCCUGUCCCCGACAGGAGACUUCCUGGUGACGGCCCAUGUGGACAGCCUGGGCGUUUACCUGUGGUCCAAUCGCAGCCUGUGUGGGCCCGUGGGGCUCCGCCCCCUUCCAGCCGACUACCAGCCGGUGGAGGAGGUGCUGCCCGGCUUCACCGCAGAGGAGGCAGAACAGGAAGUGACAUCAGAAGAGGCUGAUGAUGCGUUCCAGUCAGCUCAUCAGCUGGGGGCGGAGCUUGUGACGCUGUCACUGCUGCCGGAGUCUCGAUGGAAAAGUCUGCUGCACCUGGACACCAUCAAGAAGAGGAACAAGCCUGUGGCGCCCCCUGCUGCUCCACCCACCGCUCCCUUCUUCCUGCCCACAGUUCCUGGUCUCACGCCUCGCUUUGAGUUGCCCGUGGCAACCAAAGAGGACCCACAGUCCAAGCUGCUGUCCUUUGGUUGGCUGGCCCAGAGGUCAGACUUCAGCUGUGCUCUGGACUCAGCGCUGCAGUCCGGCUCCUUCGAGCAGCCGCUGCGCCUCCUGAAGGACUGUGGGCCGGCCGCCAUCUCUGUGGAGCUCACCUGUCUGACAUCACAGGGGGGCGGAGACAACAGCCUGCUGCUGGCCUUUAUCCACAUGAUUGACAGCAUGCUGGCCAGUGGGCGGGACUUCAACCUGGCUCAUGCUUACCUGGCGCUCUUCCUGCAGCUCCACCUGCACACGGUGUCACAAGAUGCUGUUGUCAUGGCAGCACUGCUCCGCCUCUCCUCCAGGCUGGAGGCAGGGUGGGCGGAGCUUCAGGCGUCGUUCAACCAGUCUUUGUGUUUGCUGUCCUACACAAAGAGUGCACUGCUGUGACACACAGACACACACACAGACACACA